UAAUUCAUGACGAUAGACAAAACCUCAUCAGACCGCGAUUUGGUGUUAGACGUCAUCAUCGGGCGACGCUCUUUUCAUUUUUGUAAACAUUUGCAAGCAAUAGCUGGACACACGAGUGUGGAAAGCCAUGGAUAACCUCGUGAAGGUGCACGGCGGCGGCGGCUAUGACUCAGACUUCAGUGAUGAUGAGCAGGGAGAGUCCUCAGACAGAGGCCUUAAAAGGAAACGAGAGGAGGAAAUCUUACAGAAGCCAUUCCAGAAAGGUUCUCACUCGAAGGUGGCUCACCGGAGUUUACACUCCAAUGAAGUGGACAGAGAGGAAGCCAGAAACAGAAGAGCCCACUUAAUAUCAAUGAAUGCUUUUGAGCGACAUAAGAAGUUUGUCGGUGACUAUAUACUUUAUUAUGGAGGACAGAUGUCUGACUUCAAACGCUCCGUAGCCAGUGACAAAACAGAUCUGGAUGUGCUACGUGAGAAUCAUCGUUUCCUCUGGAGGGACGAGGACGAGGAAGACAUGACAUGGGAAAAAGAACUUGCCAAGAAGUAUUAUGACAAGCUGUUUAAAGAGUACUGCAUCGCCGACCUGAGCAGAUACAAGGAAAACAAGUUUGGAUUUCGAUGGCGGACUGAGAAUGAAGUUGUCUCUGGCAAAGGUCAGUUCCAGUGUGGACACAAACGCUGCGAGAAGCAGGAAGGCCUGAAAAGCUGGGAAGUGAAUUUCGCCUACGUGGAACAUGGCGAGAAGAGAAAUGCACUGGUCAAACUCCGACUAUGCCCUGAAUGCUCUUUCAAACUCAACUACCACCAUAAGAGGAAGGAAGUAAAAGCAAAGAGAAAGGCUAGAAGAUUAUCAGAGGAGAACCGGGAGCCACCACAGAAGAAGAAGGAAAAGAAGAAAAGGAAAAGUUUGUCUUCACGCUCCAAGAAGCACAAACACAAGAGGCACAAAGAUCGCUCCUCCUCUUCCAGCAGCUCAGAGGAAUUGCAGGACUCAGACAAAGACUCUGAAGCUGGCAAUGAGCCAGAGGGCCAAUCAGAAGCCGACCACUGGCGAGGACCCGCCCCUGCCGUGGAGGAAAAGUCAAGGGAGGAGGAAUUUGAUGAAUACUUUGAAGACAUGUUUCUUUGACUGCUGGUAUCAGCAGCAACCCUGCUGUGACAACUCUUCCUUCUGCGCUCCGCUGACAUUAAGCAUGUUCUGUUUGAGUCUUGUGUGGAUGUCGGUCUCUUUGACUGUAUUUUUCAGUUCUGCUACAGAAAUAAACACAAUGUUUAUCCUGUACUGUCA